AUGUUGCCACUACAAGCAGGUUAUCUGAAGAAACAUGUUAAAAGUAAGCAUGAGGGAAUUAGGUAUCUCUGUAAUACAGCAAGUGAUUUAAAGAGGCAUGUUGAAAAUAUACAUGAGGGUGAGAGAUAUCCAUGUAAAUACUGUGAUUAUUCUGCCACCCAAGCAGGCGAUCUGAAGAAACAUGUUGAAAGUGAAAAUGUUGUUACUGAAGAAGAUCCUCUUUACUCCCAACCAAAGAGAACCAAGAAAAGUAAACAUGAAGGAGAAGGAUACCCUUGUUCUGAAUGUGAUUAUGUUGCGACCAAAGCUGGAAGUCUGAAGAGACAUAUUGAAUAUAAACACGAAGGAGUGAGAUAUCACUGUAAACAAUGUGAUUAUGUUGCUACUCAAGCUGUACAUCUCAAGAAACAUUUUAAAAGUAAGCAUGAAGGAGUGAAAUAUCCCUGUAAACAAUGUGAAUAUGCUGCCACUCAAGCAGGUGAUCUAAAGAAACAUGUGGAAAAUAAGCAUGAGGGUGUGAGGUAUCCCUGUAAACAAUGUGAAUAUGCUGCCACAACAACAGGUGGUUUAAAGAGGCAUAUUGAAAGUAUACAUGAGGGUGUGAGAUAUCACUGUAAAUACUGUGAAUAUGCUGCCACUCAAGCAGGCGCUUUGAAGAAACAUGUUAAAAGUAAACAUGAAGGAGUGAAAUAUCCCUGUAAACAAUGUGAAUAUGCUGCCACAACAAUUGGUGAUUUAAAGAGGCAUGUUGAGAGUAUACACGAGGGUGUGAGAUAUCCCUGUAAAUACUGUGAUUAUGCUGCCACUCAAACAGGCGAUCUGAAGAAACAUGUUGAAAGUAUACAUGAGGGUAUGAGGUAUCCCUGUAAACACUGUGAAUAUGCGGCCACAAAAUUUAAUAAUCUGAAGAGACAUGUUGAAAUUAAGCAUGAGGGUGUGAGAUAUCCCUGUACAAAUUGUGAAUAUGCUGCCACUACGGCAGGUGGUUUGAAGAGUCAUGUUGAAAGUAAGCAUGAGGGUGUGAGAUAUCCCUGUAAGCACUGUGAAUAUGCUGCCACUACAGCAUAUCAUCUGAAGAGACAUGUUAAAAGAAAACACGAAGGAGUGAGAUACCCCUGUUCAAAUUGUGAAUAUGCUGCUACUACAGCAAGUGUUUUGAAGAGACAUGUUGAAAGAAAGCACGAGGGUGUGAGAUAUCCCUGUAAACAGCAGGUCAUCUAA